CGCGCCGAGCCGCGCGCGGGAGCUGCGGGUCCCCUGGCGGGCUGCAUGGAGGCGGCGCGCGGGGAGCAGCGCGGAGCCCGGCCCCAGCCCCCACAGGCUCAGUCCUAAGUCCUGGGCAGUCAGACCCGGCUCUGCUGGCACUCCAGAGGCAUCCGUGCCAACUGCCGCACAGUGCCACACCCUGUCCACUGAGGCUCUCCGCGGCUGGACUCCCUCAGGACCCCUCACGACUCUCACGGAGGAGCUUUGCGGGUCCAGUUAUGGUGGCUCUGUGGCCACUUCUCUGUCGUUGGCAGAGUGACUGGUAGCAGUGGGUGUCUGGCACAGGACAAGCUUCCAGAAAGUUCCAGAAGGAGAGGCGACCUGCCUUGCUCCAGGAUUUGUAUCCAUCUCUCGAACCUCACGGUUUAGGUGCGUCUGCUCAGGUGCUCAAGGACGGAAGGAACACGAAGAGCCUCAAACCGAUCGUUCAGGGUCUUGACGAAGAAGUCUGACCAUCUGGCUGGUGAGGUUUGGAGGCCCCACCAUGUCCUAUUUCGAAGAGGCUGACACGGAGGAGACAGUCACUUGUCUGCAGAUGACUCUUUACCACCCCAGCCAGCAGCAAAAUGAGAUCUUCCAAUCAAUAAAGUUUUACAACCGGGAGAAGCUGCCCUCCAGCGAGGUGGUGAGAUUCGGCCGGAAUUCCAGCAUCUGUCGCUACACCUUUCAGGACAGACAGGUUUCACGGGUCCAGUUCUCGCUGCAGCUGUUUAAAAAGUUUGACAGCUCAGUGCUCUCAUUCGAGAUAAAAAACAUGAGCAAGAAGACCAGCCUGCUGGUGGACAACAAGGAACUGGGCUACCUCAACAAGAUGGAUCUGCCCUACCGGUGCAUGGUGCGGUUCGGCGACUACCAGUUCCUGCUGGAGAAGGAGGACGGGGAGUCCUUGGAGUUCUUUGAGACCCAGUUUAUCUUGUCGCCAAAGUCACUGUCACAGGAGAACAACUGGCCAGCUCAGAAGCCUGUACCUGAGGACGGCAGCUACUCAUCUUGGUGCACCCAGGACAGUUCGCCCUUGGAAAUGGAUGAAAAUGAGUUCUGAGCCUGGAGGACUGAGAUCAGGAAGGACAAGACAGACUCGGGGACACUUGACAGGUGCUUGCGUAUCGUGCCGUCAUCACCUGCCAGCGCCUGGUGUCCCUCAGACUCUCUGUCAGACUCUCAAUGUGUGGACGUUACUUUAAUGUCUGCUGGCGAGUUAACGCACGACACCUGCCCUUGGCUUUGCAGGAACGGGGUUGUAAGAUCAGGUGGUGAUUUCCGUUGUCUGCUGGAUUCCGUUUGGCCGCCGGAAGGCACCGUCUCUGCAUCUGGUCCUGUCAUUUCAGAGCUGCCCUUUGCCCAGCCCCGAGCCACAGGCAGGUUACACCUGGCGCUUGAAGCCGGCUGCGCUCGAGGUCCCAGGUUUCUGGACCCGGCGUGCUGAGCGUUGGCUGCGUGUCAGCGCGUCUCUGUGCCUUUACUAUGGGAAGAUUGAUUUGAGAAAGAGUAGCUUGGUAUUUCACUUCUGGAGAAUGAGUGUUUGUUCCCCAGAACAGAGUUCUCAUUUAGUUCGGCAUCUAAGUAUUUAAACAUGCCAAAAAACCACCAUUCUGCCUAGAUUCAGAUUUUCCCUUUUUGGUUUGAAACAAAUUUUAAGUCUGUUCUAGUCUAUGUAAUACAUAUCUGGUCCCUGAAUUCCCCCCCUUUUUUUUUAUAGCCUUUAGUGUUUUCUCUAUUUUUCUAAGCAUUUUCUUUGGAACUUAUUUUUUUUAUUUUCCUUUUUGGUGCUUGAGCUAUUCUCAGUGUGGUGCUGAGGAUUGAAGCACAGCCUUCUGCAUGCAGUGUUUGCCCAAGAGCUGUUUGAGCCAGCCCACGGCCCUGGACUUGUCCUGACCUUCCCCACAGUGAUGGGUACCUUCUGGGCUACGUGGUGCCAGGGAUCAAACCCAGGGUUCCAAGCAUGCCCUCCAGCACUCUGAGAAAGCAAGCAAAAAUCUGCUCUUAAGACUACUCUGUACAAAUAUUAUUUAUAUUUCUAGUAGUAUAUAAAUAAAAAAGAUUAUAUUUCUAAUAGUAUAAAUACAUGUACUCUGUUCUAAAACUGUAGAAAGCAAAGAACUGCCAGGAUUACUCUAUACAAAUAUAUAACAAAAUAAUUUAUAAUAAUUUUUAAAUAUUUUGAAGAUCAUAUCUUUUAAAAUAGGUGCUUCUAUUUGAGAUUCUCAUUCAAGUGAUUCGAACUAGGUAAUCAGUGACGUUUAAGUAACAUUCAAGUGCUCAGAUUUGCUAAAUCCUAGCACUACCAAGAAGUGAAGCUCCAUGUGCGAUUUAUUUUUUUCAGGUAGACCAAGUUUUCUACAUUGUGUUCAUUAAAAAAAUUAAAUAACAUAUUUCUAGAUAAGUCUGUGCGCUAUGGCAGAAUGAAUGCUGACUUACCAUCUGUGAGACUCUGGGUUUGAUUGAUCAUCAGCAAACACCAAAACUCUUUCUAAGUUUUUUUCUCUAAUUUAUGUGCUUGAAAUUUUCUUCCUCAGCUCACCCUUCCCUGUCGCUGUCCCUGCAGUGGCCAGCAGCCAUGCACUCUGGGCUCCGGUGCCAUGGUCUAUGGGCGCAGCGCUCAGAUGCUGCAUCAGCUGAUGGUAUUGGGGAUCAGGGGCCUCAGUGGUGGUCCCGGGCCAUAGUGGGAAUCACACUGGCAUGAGGAACACCACCAAGUUCUUAGCUGAGACCUCAGCAGGAAGAUGUCCACUACCCAGCCAGUUUUCUGUCUCCCCACCCCAGACUUCUAUUCCAAACUAAUGUUUUUUGUUUUUUUUUUUUAAACAAAAUUGGAGGGUUUGAGCCACCCCUGGCAGUGCUCAGGGCUUAUGCCUGACUAUGGAUUACUCUUGGCGGGGCUUGGGGAGCCAUAUGAAAUCAAGUGGGGAUCGGCUAUAUGCAGAGAUAACCCCCGUACUAUUUCUCUCACACUUAAGUAUUUUUCUUCAGCCGCCUGAACCCGGAACCUCUCGCACCCUAAGCAAGAAUCAUACCCCUAGACCAACGGGCUGGAGCGAUAGCACAGCGGUAGGGCGUUUGCCUUGCACGCAGCCAACAUGGCCGACCCGAGUUCGAUUCCUCCGCCCCUCUCGGAGAGCCCGGCAAGCUACCAAGAGUAUCUCGCCUGCACGGCAGAGCCUGGCAAACUCCCCGUGACGUAUUCGAUAUGCCAGACACAGUAACAACAAAGUCUCCAAUGGAGACGUUACUGGGCCCGCUCGAGCAAAUCGACGAACAACAGGAGGGCCUUUACCUUUUUUACCUUUAAGUAUUUUUCAUAAUUUUCUGGCUUCUCACUAAGAAUGUUAAACCUCUCUAAACUAUUCCUGAUUCACCGUUUAGGUGCGUGAUACCCAGCACCCUCACUCCUAACCCUGAGCCUCCAAGUACAUCUAUGAAAGUGGCCAGUGUGAGGCCUCCGAAGAACCUCCUAUGCACCAUGACAGGCUGCAUUUCAGCAAAACAAGCAGUAGGCCUAAAUUUCUGUCCCCCACCCAUCCCCCCGAAGAAUUCCCUGAGACUGUCCUUGGCCAAAGCUGGAAAUCCCCUAAACGCCUCUAGCCAGUCCUGUAAGUAGGAUAUCUCUGGGCACAGCAGGUGGGCAUGACCAAUUAGCUCACAGACUUGUGACUGCUUUGACGCAAUUCUUGGGAAAAACUGCCAAUGUUGCUUUUGUAACCAUGUCAUAUAAUGUUCCCUGGAACUAGGGUCAGGGUCCUGGUCAAGAGUCCACUGCGUUGGAUGAGGCCUGGACCCUAGCUUGGGGUAGCAAUAAAGGUUCCUUUGCUUUGGCAUUCUCAUUUCUGGAACUGGUCUCUCUGCAAGAGGGAAACCCGGAAGCCAGGCAUAACCGCUAGAAAGAUCACCUCAGUUGCCAUAUCCACAUCUUCCCUCUCCUGCUCACUCCUUGGGGUUGAGUAAUAGCCCCAUCCCCUACCAGCACCUAUUUCCAUGUGCUAAUCUUCGGGACCUGUGACUGCAGUAUUACAUGGCAGAAGCAGCUUAGUUGUAGGAUGGAAUUAAGGCUGCUAAUCGGGGACCUUUUAAACUGAGUGAUUAUCCCGAAUUAUCUGAGUGGCCCAAUGACUCAGAGGCAGGAAGAGGCAAAACAGCAUGUGGGUCUAAGACGGAGGGUGACACCUCCUGCUCCUGCUGGAGGUGGAGAUGAAGGGGCCCCAAGACAGGAGACAUGCACAGCUCUGGAAGACACAAAUGUGCAUUGGACAUCUCACUGCUACACCAGUAAAGGCGCCCGCGGGAGCAGCUGUAUAUGUGGACCCCUUGCAGUGAACUUCUAACCUAUACAACUGGAGGAUGGUAAAACUAUUGUGAGCUCAAUUGUAGCCACUGCUUACAGCAACAGAGAGACUACAUAUUCCCACCUGAGCUCAUUCUGCUCCUCUUCCCACUCCUGUCAAUCAGCUGCCUGCAUUAUACCAUCUUUUUCUACCAGGUAACACUUCCUGCUCCAUGUGGAUUUACAAACCAGAUGUUGGUUAGAAUUGCUUACAGUGUAACUAGACUCAGGAUAAAAAAAGAUUUUUUUUUGUAAACAAAGUGUGAAUACUUUGACCAGUAGUACCUGCUGUCACAUUUUGACCAUUUUGGAAGAUCUCACUUGUCUGGUUUCCAGUCUCUGAGACUAAUAAAUGAGUCACUGAGUUAAGAGAGUCUAAAUACUGUGGAAUUCAGAUGCCAUUGUCUUGAACCAAGAGUUGUUAGGCGAUUAUUUAGAAAAACCCCAAUGUCAUAGAAUUAAAUGGUUAAUAAGUCCUUUUAAUUUACAUCUUGGUAAAAAGGUUUUGUUCAAUUUGACAAAGAUUAUUAUUUUUUUCUAUAAGGACACACAAAGUGGAAGAGGUUGCUAAAACAUGAUUUAUCGUCGUCGUCCAAAGACCUAGAAAUCGUGCAGUGGAUUCCAGUAGUAAUACAGGUUUUGGUUACAAGCUGUAAAGGAAG